UGGACAAUGGAAGUUAAUUCUACAUGAGUUUCCCCGUCGGAGCAGUAUAUUUUUUCCCACUUUCGUCACUCCCGGGUCUUCGUCUUGGUUUGUGCGUCGCGUACGUCGCACAGGUUGCUCCACGACGAGAUUCUGUGCUCUUUAGAUCCAUCAAUGGCGAAGGAUGAGGAGACAUUAGGUUCUGCAAAGCGUGAAAUUACCCACGUCAUCUUUGACAUGGACGGGCUCUUACUCGACACGGAGCCAUUCUAUACGGUCGUUCAAGAGAAGAUACUGGAGAGGUUUGGCAAGACUUUUGAUUGGUCCCUCAAGGCCAAACUGAUGGGCAAGAAGGCAAUCGAGUCUGCCCGAAUCUUCGUUGAGGAGUGCGGUCUCACAGGCAUCCUCACUCCCGAGGAGUUUCUUGAGGAAAGAGAAGGCAUGCUUCAGGAGCUAUUCCCAACCUGCCAGAUUCUGCCCGGAGUGAAGCGCUUGGUCAGCCAUCUGCAUGUGAACCGGAUACCCAUGUGUGUUGCAACAGGGUCGUACAAACGGCAUUUUGACCUCAAAACACAAUGGCAUGGUGAAAUUUUUUCUAUGAUGCAUCAUGUUGUUAUGGGCGAUGAUCCAGAUGUGAAGCAAGGCAAACCAUCUCCUGAUAUUUUUCUUGUUGCUGCGAACAGAUUUGAGAGUAAUGUGGAUCCAACUAAGGUUUUGGUGUUCGAAGACGCACCUGCUGGAGUUGCUGCUGCUAAGAAUGCAGGAAUGUCUGUAGUAAUGGUUCCGGAUCCACGGUUGGAUGCUUCACAUCAUAAAGAGGCGGACCAGGUUCUUUCUUCUCUGUUGGAUUUCAAUCCAAGUCAAUGGGCCCUGCCUCCAUUUAGUUAUAAUAUAAAUUGAAAGGAUCCUGCUAUGCUUUUGUGCGGACGAUAAG